CGGGCUGCGGCAGCGCGGGCGCGCGGACAUGGCUGCAGCGGCUGUGGCGGCGGCCGUGGGCUACGCUCGGGCCUGAGCGCCCAGCGCCCUCCUGCGGGGCCGCCUACCAGUUUGCUCCAUCCAAGAGUACGCCAGCCGGGUGCCUCUAGGCUCCCCGACGCUUGGGUCUUCCAUCUAUCCAGCUUCCCUUGACCGAGUUUCAGGGGAGCCCGGCGUCAGGGGGCGCCAAGGAGCCAGGGGGAAAACGCGCUGAACUACCCCCAACCUCCCACCUUCCCGCGCCCCGCCCUGAGGUUGGGGCUUUGGAAGAUGCAGCCGGGAAGAACAUUAAUUUUUGGGCUACAUCUGGAAUAGCAGCAUCUACAUGGGCAUUCUCUCCUACAAUUUCAGAAAACUGUUGGUAACUAAUUGAUAAAAUGCAGACGAUCUUGCAAGGAGAUGAAGUUACCAAUACCCAAGCUCUUAGAAAAGGAAAGAGGAAAAGGACAGAGACCAUGGAUUCAGAGAAUGCGAACAGCGACAUGGAUAAAGGACAGAGAGACCCAUUUUCGGGAAAUGCCUUUCUGCCUGGCGAGAGCUCCAGUGAGGAUGAAGAGCCUUUAGAAGAAUUGUCAAAGGAGGAAUUGUGCACGAAAAUAAAAAGUCUGAAACAAAAACUAACAAACAUCCGGAAAGAAAACAGCCGACUUCGACAGUCUUUGGUUACGCUUCAAGUGUUACCACAAGCAGUCACCCAGUUUGAAGAAUUGGUUGGUAUGGCGGAGGCUGUGCUUAAGGGUAGAGGAACCAUGGUCACAUCUGCAUCCACCCUCUGGAGAGCAACAAACAACUCCUCACCAGAUUCAUUUGCCUCAAUGUGCAGUAAUUCUAAUUCUAAUUCUAAUUCCAGUUCACCAAUCUCCUUGAGAGCUGAAGAAGAGCAUCAUACUGAUGAAAAACAGUUCAAGAUUGAAAAAUGGCAGAUUGCCCGUUGUAACAAGAGCAAGCCUCAGAAGUUUAUUAAUGAUUUAAUGCAAGUGCUUUACACAAACGAGUACAUGGCCACACACAGCCUGACGGGUGCAAAGUCCUCUACUUCGAGGGAGAAAGCUGUCAAGCCAGCUAUGAAUCAGAAUGAAGUUCAAGAAAUUAUAGGAGUCACCAAACAGUUAUUUCCCAACACUGAUGACGUCUCCAUCAGAAGAAUGAUAGGGCAGAAGCUGAACAACUGCACCAAGAAGCCAAACAUAAGCAAAAAUAUGAACUCUCAGGAUAUUAAGUAGAUCCUUUCGGUACUACCGGUAUCUGAAAUAAAGCACCUCCAGUUUUAAAUCUAACAUUGGAUUUUGUUGGAGACACUGCCACCUGCCUGGCAGUGAGCACAGAAACACGGCAGGGACAGGCUGUGAGACAUCUGUAACACCGAUGGACUCUUCCGAUGGAGCAGCAAGCCUGCUGAAGAAGCUGCAUGUAGAUUCCACCCUAAAUAUCCACAAUGCAUCAAACUAGAGAAUUUUUAGCAGUCAAAUAAGCAUGCAUUAUGAUUUCUUGCAUUUUCCUAUUCCCAAAUGUUUCCUGUACAGCUCACCUAACAUGAUAGUCGACUGCUGUACAUAUAUCAUUACCAGUCACUCUCCAUUUCAGUUUUCGGAUCUUAAGCACGAGCACAUGUGUGGAACAGUGUGGUGAAAUGAUCGGUGUUCGAGAACAGCAGAGCAGCAAAGUCAUCCUAAAAUCUGGUAAUCAUAUCUGACCAAGCAAUAGAGUUUUAGCAAUAAAAUUCAGGAUAAUUCUGUUAUUUAAAAUGUAUAAACUAGAAAUAAAAAUGAGAGCAGCAAGAUCUUUUAUUUUAAUAUGAAACUAUUUCACUGUAUUUCUAAAAAGGAAAUAAACCCAAAUUUAAUGUUUAUGAUAGUUAAAACAGGGCAUCAACUUUCAGAAAAAAAAAAUUAUGUUUACAUGCUUCUAACUUUUUAUUGCCCAAAGUAAAAUUAUAGAUAUGUAAUAUAAAACAUCAAUAUCGUCUAAAACAUUCUUUAUAAGGGGUAAUAUUCUAUAUAUUUGGUUAUAUUGCUACACUGCUUAGUUUUAACUGGUUUGUUUCCAUAGCUUCAGAAGAAAAAAUAAACAAAAUCACAUGGGGUUGAUAAUCACACAAAAAAGAAAAAUGCCAUUUUGUAAAUGAAUGAAGCUAAAACAUUCUUCAUCAAGAAGCUUCUCCUUUGAUGUCAGGUUGUCACACGUGACAACUCUGCAUUGCCACACCACGCUUCUUCGGUGUGCAGAGUUAGGUCUAAACUUGGAAAGAGGAUGCAUAUAACAGAAAGUUCAGUACUGUGGACCCAGGGAACAUUCCAUAAAUGUUGCUUGAUAACAAUGUAGUUGUACAAAAUGAACAUUCUUUAGGAAAUAACUUAUGUUAACAUUUGCUACUUUUACUUAAAUAUGAAUAAAUACCAUUGAAAGCAUAAAAA